UCUACGAGUUCUCUUAUUUCCGAGUUUACGACAUAGAUUGUCACUAAUUGUCAUGCCAUUUGCUCUUUUCCAUUUGCAUGAAGAAUUAUACGUAAAACCAAAGAGCAUUACAAGCAUUACAAUACUUCGGAAAGUAUAAACAUUACAUUUUUCACAAAUAGAAAAGUAUCAACAUUAUACAGCUAUUCCCGCAAUUAUUUCGUAGGUAUUUAAUAUGACUCCAGAGCCUAAAGAAAUUGGACAUCAAGUGAGAUUUUCCAAAUCGUUGAUAGGACUCUUCAAGAGAAGCUGUUGGGAAAUACCAGAAAUAAUGGGGUCCUCAUGUAUGGCGUUAAUAGGAAUUGGACUAGGCAUUGCAGGUGUCUAUAAAUAUUAUAAGGAAGAUGGUGAUAAUAAGGAAUACAAGCAAACGUAUCUUAUUGUUAGACCAAGUGAUCCAAGAGCAUCAAAGAUUAUUAAUCCUUCCUACACGGAAUAUAAAUGUUAAUUUUCUGGUCUCUCGUAACUUAUUCAAUAAAAAUAUUAUUUUC